CAGAAGAGCAGUCAUCACUUGAACUUCCUCAGCGGUUAGUGCAAGAACGCUGUGACUGAGACUGGCCACCAUGACUCAUGUACAAGGUCUUACCGUUGUAUCGGCCCUGCUGCUGUUGAGUAGCGGCGUCACGACGUUUGAUCUCGACGUGGGGGGUCUGUGUGACGUGGAGACCGAGUCCUGUGCGUGCGGAUCCACCGGUCUCAGCUUCGUCAUCUCAUACAAGGCGUGUGCAGCUUUCUACCGCUGGAAGCCGUACUGCCGGCCGUGCGGUGACGUGAAUCACGAUGAGAUCUGUCCGCAGUACCGGUACUGUGCCGAAUGUCGUGACGUCAGGUACGGGGAGUCUGACGGCUGCGCCAGGUGUCCGAACAACAAGUACGGCAAGUUCUGCACACUAGAUUGUAACUGCCGGAACGGAGGUGUUUGUAAGCCGGACGGAAGCUGCGAAUGUUCCGCGGCGUUUCACGGUCGAUACUGCCAGCACGAAGUCGCGCCAGAAGUUGUCUGUCGUGAUCGGGGGACUCCGUCAAAUGGUCAGUUGAGAUCAAGGCCCUCGGACAGCUACACGGAGGGGUCAACUGUCCGGUUUGAGUGUAACGGCGGUUACGUCCUGCGCGGUUCCAGCACGUCCCGGUGUGAGGCGUCAGGGAGUUGGAGCCACCCGCUCCCGUCAUGUGUGAAGGUUUGCCGGGACCCGGGCGCGCCUACCAACGGUGCAGUGGUCCGAACCGGGUAUCGACAACAACAACGACAACAACCACCCGCGUCUCACCACAACAUCGGCAGUCAGCUCACAUUUAGGUGCAAUGACGGGUAUCGUCUGAUAGGGGGCGCUCAGAUCAUCUGUCUGUACGAUGGGCAGUGGAACGACGUCCUUCCGACCUGUGUACGCGUUUGUUCUUUGCCGGCCAUACCACCAAAUGCAGUCAUUCGAGCACCCCGAGGACGAGACCAGGUAGACGAGGGCGAAGACGUGACGUAUGCAUGCAACCCUGGGUACGAGCUGACAUCCGGGUCUCUGACAAGAAGAUGUCAGAGUGACGGAGGAUGGAGCUUAGAGUCCCCAGUUUGCAAGAUCUCUUGCGGCCGGCCCGAAGACGCCCCCCGUGCCGACAUGGUCGUGUCCGGGACGGUGGAGGGGGAUUCUGUGACGUACAGCUGCCACCCUGGGUACGAGAGGACGCGGGGUAACCUGGAGCGGUGGUGUGUGUCAGACGGGCGGUGGAGUGGAGAACCUCCCAGAUGUAUGAAACAGUGUGAUGACCCUGGCAUGCCCACGCACGGCUCACGACUCUGGGAAGGAGAGCCCCAGCGGGAGGGCUCUGCCGUCAUCUACCGGUGCAACACUGGGUACGAGCUGGUUGGGGACGAGAGGAGGGAAUGCCGGCCCUCUGGGAACUGGACUGGAGAACUGCCACACUGCGUGAUGGCAACAACCUGUGAUGACCCCGGUGACGUAGGUAACGCAGACCGGAACGUGCUCGGCUCGGAGGCGCCGACGUUCCUGACCGGGACGCGGGUGGUCUACACCUGCCGGCCGCCCUACAGGAUCGUCGGUAACCCGGAGAGGAGGUGUCUGUCCAACGGGACCUGGACCGGGCAUCAGCCCGUCUGCACCAAAUUCGCUGUUUGUGAGGACCCCGGCACCCCUUUGAAUGCCAUACGGAAGGUCCUACCGCCUGCACAGGGUCAGUCUGGUACACCCAGACGGAGGGUUAACAGCAGACUUCUGACUUUCUUCGGCCUGCGGCCCCUGAGUCACGUCCCGGCGGCGACCCCGGACGAGCCUUCGGCGGAGGGGUCGGGGGGUGACGAUCCCGCGGGUAGGGACCCCGAGCCGCGCAGUCUGCCCCCGGGGUACCACAAGCUCCACACCCGCCUGGUGUACAGCUGCGAGUCGCAGUUCUACAAACUGUCCGGACCUUCUCAGAGGACGUGUCUGAGUCACGGGCAGUGGAGCGGCAGACAACCCACCUGUUUACCAGUUUGCGGCAAGAGUCCUGGUGCCAAGACUCCCUUCAUCUUUAACGGUAACGUGAGUGCGGAGGGACAGUGGCCGUGGCAGGCAGCCAUACUCAGGAACGUGCAGAACUCUACCGGACACAUCUUCUUUUACCUGAUCUGUGGCGGCGCUGUCCUGAAUGACGAGUGGAUCAUCACGGCUGCGCACUGUGUGACCUUCCCAGACAGCAGUGCGGUUAUUAACCUUGAGAACAUCAAGGUCAAACUGGGGAAGUUCUACCGGGACGAGGCACUGGACGACGACUAUGUGCAGGAGUUUCAGGUUGAUGAGAUCCAUGUCCAUCGGCAGUUUGAACCCUUCACGCUGGACAAUGACGUGGCGCUAAUCCGGCUGUCCAAGAGAGCCACCCUAACGGACAGGGUCCGGCCUGUCUGUCUGCCUACAAGACAGACGGCACAGAAACACCUGAGAGCGGGUUCGGAGGGAGUGGCUAUCGGCUGGGGUACCACGGAGACCGGGGAGGUGGCGGCCCAGCUGAAGCACGCUCGUGUGCCGGUUAUCGACCCCGACACGUGUGAGGCCGCCUAUGCCGAGAAGAACAUCGGACUGACGGUCACCAGGAACAUGUUCUGCGCUGGGUACGAGGAAGGGAAGGUGGACGCCUGUGCAGGUGACAGUGGCGGGCCCAUUGUGUUCCAGACGGGAGAAGGGGAGGAGAAGAGAUGGGUGUUGGAGGGGCUGGUGAGCUGGGGCAGUCCUGAGGGCUGCGGUCUGCCCAUGCAGUACGGCGGAUACGUCAAACUCGUCAAAUUCGUCCGCUGGAUUGAUAGUUUCAUUUGAACACAUGUUCGUGCCACUGGUAGUCAUGGUUGGAGAUCUAGGUAAUAAGAUACACCAUAAACAGCUACUCAAGCAACUGGAUAUGAUUUUGGAAACGGUC